AUGGAAAACGUCUCGGUAAGACUGUCGACAAAGACAGCAACAAAGCGCGAUUUGAUCACGCUCUCUCUUAGUGGCAUCGGUAUAGAAAAUGUUAUAAAAGGUGAUGCUUGGUUCAGCUCUGUUGCUGGGAUAACUGAAAUCAUUUGCUCCUAUCAAGAUGAUAUCGACGAGCAGACGGAUAUUUUGCACCUUGGUACGCCUCUAAAGGAUAAAACGGUUCUUAACUACACGACUGGGUCUAUUUGGGAUUUUCGAGCACCGGAAAACAACAACGGAAGAUCUAAAGUAGCUCUUAAUAUGGCUGAUCAUGAUGAAAUUUGGACAGAAGAGUAUUGUUGUAAACGAUUCGGCGCAUUCUUUACCGACUACAAGUUUGAGAUGCAGCCUGAUCUUGGGCUCUCAAUAGUGGAGCUUGCACAGCCAGAAAACUGGAGGUUAGCAAAAGAGCACAGCUGCAAGCGGUUCUUCAUUCCCGUCAUCACUGUCAAUCUCAAGCCAUCGAUCCGCGAGCUCACCAAGCUUCCGGAGAUUAUUCGACAUGAAUAUCAGCCUUACUUUAAAGAGCAAAUUCCGUCACCAUCCGCUCAGGAUCCGGAUUUGACGUUGGAAGAGAUGCUUACGUUGCAAGAAUAUGUUCCGACAAGGGAAACGACCGUCACAAUUAGUUCCGUCAAUGUGAAUGUUGAUUUCGGCAUCGACUCGCUGUCCUUCAAACUCGACAACAUAGACAUUGCGAAUAAAACGAUCAUGUAUCAAGAAUCCUUCACGAGGGCCAUCUAUAAAACUUACGACAAAGAUACUCAAAGCGGCUUGGAAUUCUACACAGAUGUUCAUUGGAAACUAUCAGUGGAAUGCAUCAAAACAAAUUUCAGCUCGUUCGAUAUUUUAAGCAUCGGGAAUGUUGUCCUAAACCUUGCGAAGAAGAUUCAUCCCGUCUUCUGGCCUUCCCAACGGACGCUAGAUAUAAAGGCUUUCAUGAACAGGGCGCAACUAUUGGUGAAUCCAUUGAUUCAAGAACGGCUCAUGUAUCAUGUCGCGUCUCUAGCUGAACCGGAUCUUAUGUUCACCGCCAAGGCUCAAAUAAAGUCUUCUCUCGUCAUUACGAUGGAAACGCUAAACCUUGCUUACGCAAACGAUGUCUACCUAGAGGAGAAACUCAGCACGUUCCGUAUCUUUCUCGAUAGGAUUCGCUGCGAACUACACGAUGAGCAUGGACAAGAACAGCUAAUUUUCGGCAACAAAAAAUCUCUGAUAGAAUGUUGUGCUCAAAUUCCAGUUUCGAAAUCAGACCCGGCGAAUCAAACGAUUUUAGUAGGAAAACUCUGUAGUUUUUCCGCGACACUCUCGAUGCCAGUUAUCGACUUUUUGAAAGAAAUGAUCAGUCUUUUUGCAGGAUUUAUCCCAACAGAUAAAGCGCGAAGCAAUGGAAAUCGCGAUCUGAAUUUAGUAACGAAUAUAUCUUGGUCCGAGUCUUCGCUUGACUUCAGGAUCAAUGAUCAUGUUAUCCAUACAGUACUACCCACGGGUCGAAUUUGCAACGCUGGAAUGUCGAACUUAGACACAUUGAUCGAACUGCCUGAAUGGAUAGACAUCCCCAUUCAUUUAUCAAAAGGGCCGAUGUCAAUUACGGUUAACGUUGCCGAGCUGCGGAUGUCAAGUAGCAUCGGCGGUAACACGAGCGAUGUUUUACUCUUCCCAUCGUUGUCGGCUACCUUUACCGUUAGUCAUGGCGAGAAAAACGCGCAUGGUGUCUCCGCAGUAUUCAUCAGCUCCUAUGUAGAACUUCAAGCGCUAGAAAUUUGCUUCACAGACGACUUGAUUUGCCUUUUGUCAUUCAUCGUGGAGAAUAUACUGACAAACUCGUCAAAGAAGCCUCUGAAACGGGAUCGUUCUAUCCCGUUGUCGCCCGAUUCCAGCAAGUCAUUUUUAUCCGAUAUUCCUGCUGUUAGCUAUCCUCAAAGCUCGUCAGCAAGCGUAAAAGAAUGCUCAGAUAUUUUCGUUUCUGAUCCAACGAAUGAAUCUCCUCCUGGCUCAGUCUUAGAUUUAACCCUCAAACUUUGUCUGCCAGACAUCAGGAUCAAAAUCAAACUCGAAACGCAAGAAUUGCUCGCUACGAUCAAGGACGUAUCUGUUGACUUCUCUUCUAAUUCUACUUUCCAACAGUUUCAAUGCCAAGUUCCUGCUGCGUUGUGCGUCGUUGGCAGUCAGACGAUUUUCUCAAGCGAGGGUCGUGGAAAAAUACAGAUGGUUGGAAACAAAGAUGGAGAAAAAAGAAUGGCUCCAGACAACACUGGUAUCAAGGUCGUCUGGACCAAAGCAAAGACCGAAAACUGGCAUCAGCGAGAGCAAAUAAUGUGUGAUGAAACAACUUUGUUGGCUGAAUACGUUGAAGAAUUGUCCUUCACAUCAAGUGCUCUGGAUAUUGUACUUGAUAAGGAUAUCCUUUUUGAAUUCGGUAAACUCUCCUCCCUCCUUCCAGAUAUGCCUUCGUCAUCAACAAUCCCGUAUAAAGGACGCUUUCCGAUGAUAUUUGUCGAUGUUCAAGAUAUAGUAGUUUUCAUGAGGGUUGAUGAUUACUGCUCUUUAGACGAUACUUUCUAUCUCUACCUACGUCAGAUAGAAGUCAAUCCAAGGCCUGAAUUUCCCCUGGACAGAGUAGUCAUCAGUAGUGAUGACUUCGCCAUAGUCGAGGAGAAAGGAUUACUGGCUAUGCCUGGAAGUACCGUCGAAAAUAUUCAGUUUGCUGUUAAUCUAUCCGAACUAAGCGUUGGCUCGUGCAAUUGGUCGUGUACUGUUUCUAAACGUUGGAUUUGCGGAAUAAACUCGAAACCAUUCGAGGCACAGAAUCCUGCACUCGAAUGGAACAUGAAAAAAGAAAUUAACACUGAAAGUGAAGCAAAAGUUGUCUAUCCGCUGCUUUCUCCUACAGAUGUUUCAAUAAUUUUUGCUCCAGCGAUAUAUUUUAAAAAUCAUGCUAUUGCCGCCCACUCGCUCGAAGUGUCUCUCCGUUCGAAAGUUCUUUGUUACGGAAAUGUUCCCCAGCUGCACCUUGUCUACAAAAUGAUCAACUCGUCUCUGAGGAAGGUGGGCUCGUUUCAACAACUGUCAGACGUCUACUCGAUCAACAAACGAAGACGUCUUGGAUUAUUCAGACGUACGCGCAAGCGCACUAUCUCUGAGUCGAAACGGAAAACUCCUUUGCUGCUUACCUCACCCAUUCACUUUCUUGCCACAGGCGAGGAACUGUCUCUUGUUGUUUACGAUUGCAAUGGAAAGUUUUCUGUUGAGCCAUUUUUUCACUUUAUCCUCGAUCAGCCUUCUAUCAAAUUUGAGUUCUUGGGCUUGCAUCAGCGUCAUUCAAUGAAGGUCAUCUGCUUCGAUCUAAAUCUGAAAACAUACGCUGGAAAACCAGUCAGGAAGAAUGUUCCGUUUCUUCCAGCUGAAGAUGAUUUUUCUACCUCUUGGAUUUCGUCACGAGAAGGUAUGACCGACAAGUCCGAAUUUUGUCCUCUUUUUUCCAUGUGCGUUACGGAAUUCAUGAACCCUGACAAUGCCGAAACCGUUAUUGAGUUCAACCGAUGCCUCAAAAUUGUGCUGGAUUUUCCAAAAUUGGCCGUUGCCGCCAAUUUCAUUUCGAAGCUGCGGAAAGAUAUCCGGCUUCAUUCUCGCCGGCGAAGAUCAUCCAAACCGGAAUCUGCUAAUUCUGUAAACGGGGACUCUACUCUCAAUGAUAUACUUCCGGGUUUGAUAAGAAGGACUAAGAUUUCCGUUCAUCAAAUUGUUGUGUUGGCUCAAGAGAGUCAGAUUUCAGUGGAAAGUUCCGUAUCAAGCUGCGAAUUGACAGUAUCUGCGGAUUUAACGUCGAAAUUAGCCGCGAAAAUUAAAUAUCAGGGAUGCACUAUUAGACUCAUGGAAAAAGGAUUCGAGUCUCACACUCUUCUGAAACCCUCAUGUGGGCAAAUUGAUGUUGUUGGAAAGAAGGACCCACACAAUUUAUCAGUGGAUUGGAUUGGGUCUUUUAAAGCCCCCAGAAUCUUCUUAAACUUUGACUUCUACUCUCUCGAAUUUCAAUUGAGUAGAUCACUACUACGGAUCAUGUCGACAAUCAAUAAUCUUGUUGAACAACGAACAAAGGCAAAAUCAAGUGCAUCCGAAGCUACUUCAGAAAACUUAGUUGAUAAUUGUGUGGAUACGAAAAAGAUUGAAAGAACUCAAAACGAUCUUCACUCUGGCAUGUUUACUUUUACGAGCGAAGCAUUAAAUGUUGAUGAAAUUAUCAAGUCAGGAACUUGCAUCUUCUCUGUAGGCAAUAAUGAAUGCCCAGGGUCCAUCACUUGGAGAUAUGAUCAACCAAGAGCAGUCGAACAUUUGCUUUUUUCUCCACUUCCAGUCGGGCUAGAGACACCUUCAGGAACAGUGACUGUGUCGUUGGAAAUGUUUGAUGAUAUCACCAUGAAAUACAUGCCAGUCAAAAACUUCCCCGUAUCGGAGUUAUCCCAGACGAUGAUCAAGAUACAAAACCUUCCUGGAUUACAGCCUAGGGUGAAAUUUCUCGUUGAAAAUCUUAUGAUUGGAAAGAAAAAGGGGCUAGUCGUUGACGUUGAUGCUAAUUUCGGCUCUCCUGAAAUAGAUUUGUCAUUUGAGUCUAUCAAGACUUUGCAUGAUAUAAUUGCUGAUUCUGAAAUUAAGGAAGACUAUUAUUUCCUUGAAACGAAUGUUAUUGAUAAUAUUUUCCUGAAAAGAAAAUGCAGCUUGCCAAACAAAAUUUCAUUGUAUCUAUGCUUUGGCGAGGAAUCGGCUGAAAUAGAUACAGCUAUAAUUGGAAAGCAACAGAAUAUUUGUUUGGGCGAUGCAGUCUAUCAUGCGACUAUAAAGAAAUGCGGAGAAAUUCAUGUGAACACUGAUACAUGGAUAAAACUAAAAGCACAUGGUUCCGAAAAUGACUUCACAAGAACAAUACUUGUUGACGAGAAUAGCCACACAGCGCUAGAAGUAAACGGGCCAAAUGGCGAAGUGUUACAUGUUGGAUUCUCAGUUAUCUCAGCCCCUGAAGAGAACUCGGCGGCCAGUCUUGUGGCAACCCGCAUGAUUUUCGCUCCUCUAUUUAUCCUGAAGUCUUUUCUACCGGAGCCCAUUGACGUCAGUCUCUCUUCAUCAGCUGUAAAAGGGAAUCUUUUGGAUGAAAAAUCUUCUGCCCAAGAGUUCCGACUUCCUGGUAAAGGCUGCUCAAACAUGAUUUACAGCCUCCACCCGCAUCUCACUUACCAUAUGUGCGUCAACUUGCCGACAGUUAGUCUUCCUCCUGUCUCCAUCAACUUGGGUCUCAUAUCCGCCCUGACUGAUACUCAUGCCAGCAUUGAGUCCGAGACCUUCAUCGUUGAGGAUUCUCCUUGGCCGAUGCGGGAUGAUGCAAAUUUGUCCUCAGAUAAUCAACGCCUUACUGAUGACUGUCUCUCGGUCAAUCUUUCACCAAGAUGGCCUUGUUUGCCCUGUAUUCUUGUGACAUUAACACCAUCUGUUGUCCUCUUUAAUUCUCUUCCAUUUACGUUGAUCAUAUGCCCUGGCGGUCAGGAUGCCUUUCAAAUUCCAUCAGGGGAGGAGGAGUACACCUCUAACCUAGGGAUAUUCCGAUUUGGUUUGCAGCUGGACGGAAGUCCUGCGAUUUAUUUCCGCCGCAGCUUGAAUCUGGUUGAUCAUGUUCGACCUCAAUGGGCUGACGAAGCAGCUGAACCUUUCGAAAUUCCCUUAGAUGGGAACACAAAAUUUCAGAUCCAGUUGAGUGGAGCAAAGAAUAUCGAUGUUGUUGUUCACUCAGUUUGCAGCCAUGGAUUUCAGCGAAUAUUCGUCGAGUCUUCGGUUAUAAUUGAAAACAUGACCUCCAAAGUUCUUCAAUUCGAGACCGAGAAUUCUAAAACGAUCGCGAACCCAAAACUAAACGAAAGAGACGAUCAAUCAUUUAGGAUCUGCAUUCCUAGUCAGUCGGACCAUCAUGUAUCUCUAAAUAUAGGCGACAAAAAGAUUGCGACAUUCUCAACAGACGAGUGCAAUAAAGGAACUAAAUCGAUAAUGCUCGAAAAUCCCCCGCUUUAUCAUCACGACUGGGCAAUAAUUCAAAUCGAGAAAGAAAAUGACUUUCAAAGAAAAAUUCUCAUCAGGGAAUUGACCAUAGAAUGCCCUCCAAGAUACGUGGUUUAUAACGACUCUUUGGUAACACUGUACAUCACGGGUGCUUCUACAAAUAAUCACAAAAAUAUCGCGCUGGAACCUAAAAUGACCAUUUUCUACCAUCCUUCGAAUCAGUCAUCGAAUGAAAAUAGUCAGCUUGUCGAGCCAAAGAUUAAGUUAGCAUGUGGUGGAAUAGUUCAGCUAAUUCCAUUGGCUCUUGGCAAAUAUGGAAUGAGACUGACGGAUGUUUCUCUGGUGAUAGAAGUGGAAGAAAAGUGUAGGAAUCAGCGGAGGAUUAGCAUUUCAGAAUUCCGAGUCGAUUCUAAACGGGCGAAUUCGUCAAAAAUGGUUAUUGCUAGAAGAGGAAGGCUCACCUUUGAUAGCUUCUCUUUCACUUUGUCAAACAAAGGUCCGAUUUUAUCAACAAAUCUCUCAAAACUUGACCUUCAAAUGGAAACCAGCCAUGCCGAGACAUACAGACUUGUUAUCCUCCUAGACGGUGGUCUAACUGUUGAAAAUUCAAAGUUUGGAACGAAUGGUCUUUUCAAAUACAGAAAUGUAUUACAGAUAAAUGACGGAUCGACAUUUCAAGCAGAACUUGUGCUUUCUAAUGGAAACUGGUUGAAGAGCCUCGACUUAAAAUUACCGAAAAUUUCGAUCUCAGUCGAAGAUGUUUUUGUUUUAAAGAUGCUCGAUGAACUAAGCACGCUAAUUGAAAUGUCAAAUGUACCAGUCAACACUACUAAAAAGGGAUCUUUUUCUAAUGAAGAACAAUUUAUUUUCAUGGAACAUUUGUCAAUUGACGAGACAGAGAUUGAAGUAUCAGCAAAGUCAAAUUAUGUUAUCAGUCUCGCUGCUGAUAAAUCCCGCAUAACUUUGAAGAAAUAUGAAACUGGGCCUUUCAGUGGGUACUCAAAGGAGCUUGUUGACCAGUUGGCAAGCCAUUAUUUGUACCAAGUGAUCAGGCAGGCUGGCUGGUUUCUUGGUGGACUUGAGGCAUUUGGCUCGCCAGGCAAUUUCAUUCGGGGGCUGAGUGCUGGGAUCGUUGACUUCAUCACUCUUCCCGUAAAAGGAAUACAAAAUGGCCCCCUUGGAGUUAUACGAGGGGCAGCUGAUGGCACUAAGAGUCUAGUCAAGAACGUUUCCUAUUCAUUUUUAUCCUCGAUUACGAAUAUUGCUGACUCAGUGUCGACAAACGCAGAACUACUCGCGCUGGACAGCCAUACGUCCGACUCCUUAAGUUCCUUAAAUCUUCGGGAUCCAGUUUCCUCCGUCAAUGGUCAACUCAAGAGUCUGGGCAUGACGCUCUUGGGAUCAGUCGCAGGAGUUGUGCAGCAUCCGAUAAAUGCGGCCCUGGAGGAAAAUGCUGAUUCAGCUCUUCUCAAAUCCGGCAAGGUCGCCUUCGCUGCCGGACGCGGACUUGCCGGCUUAUUUCUUCAACCUGUUGGUGGACUGAGCAAAGUUAUUGCUAAAACAGGAUCCAGCCUCCUUGCAUCAAAUCAAUCGAAUGUCCGGACGAUUCCCCGCUCUUUCAGGAAAAGAGUUUCGCCCAACUUUAUAGAAAAGGCACUUGGACUUAAAUUACUGACUGCUGAACGAUGCCAGCUACUGAAAGAAAGGAAAAAAGGGUGGGUUUUGGUUUCAAGACAUGGUGUGUGUAUCCUACUUGACGGCGACUCUGUUUCUUUUGCUACAUUUACGAUUAGCCAAAUCGAGGUUCGUCACUCGUCGAAAAACGGAAAAUCUAUCAUUUCUCUAUCUACGUCUGGUCUGGUCCGGGCAACUUCUCGUGUUCAAGAUUACUUGAAUCAUCACACGAUACAUGAUAACGUUCCCGAGAACGAGCAACAAUUUUCAGCUGAAAAGGAAACCUCAGGAAAUCUUACCGAUAAAAUAGAGCUUGAAAUAAGCGAAAGUUCGAUCGAGAACUUCAUCGCUUCCAUAAAUAUACUAAAAGCUCAAGCUGCUUCCCUCGGGUUUCAUGUUUUAUGA